AUGAAAGUACCUCUUUCAUCAGAUGGUGAGAUGAAAGUAACUCUUUCAUCAGAUGGUGAGAUGAAAGUAACUCUUUCAUCAGAUGGUGAGAUGAAAGCAACUCUUUCAUCAGAUGGUGAGAUGAAAGUACCUCUUUUAUCAGAUGGUGAGAUCAAAGUAACUCUUUCAUCAGAUGGUGAGAUGAAAGCAACUCUUUCAUCAGAUGGUGAGAUGAAAGUACCUCUUUCAUCAGAUGGUGAGAUGAAAGUAACUCUUUCAUCAGAUGGUGAGAUGAAAAUACCUCUUUCAUCAAAUGGUGAGAUGAAAGCAACUCUUUCAUCAGAUGGUGAGAUGAAAGUAACUCUUUCAUCAGAUGGUGAGAUGAAAGCAACUCUUUCAUCAGAUGGUGAGAUGAAAGUACCUCUUUUAUCAGAUGGUGAGAUCAAAGUAACUCUUUCAUCAGAUGGUGAGAUGAAAGCAACUCUUUCAUCAGAUGGUGAGAUGAAAGUACCUCUUUCAUCAGAUGGUGAGAUGAAAGUAAUUCUUUCAUCAGAUGGUGAGAUGAAAGUACCUCUUUCAUCAGAUGGUGAGAUGAAAGUAACUCUUUCAUCAGAUGGUGAGAUGAAAGCAACUCUUUCAUCAGAUGGUGAGAUGAAAGCAACUCUUUCAUCAGAUGGUGAGAUGAAAGUAACUCUUUCAUCAGAUGGUGAGAUGAAAGCAACUCUUUCAUCAGAUGGUGAGAUGAAAGUACCUCUUUUAUCAGAUGGUGAGAUCAAAGUAACUCUUUCAUCAGAUGGUGAGAUGAAAGCAACUCUUUCAUCAGAUGAUGGUGAGAUGAAAGUACCUCUUUCAUCAAAUGGUGAGAUGAAAGCAACUCUUUUAUCAGAUGGUGAGAUGAAAGCAACUCUUUCUUCAGAUGGUGAGAUGAAAGUACCUCUUUCAUCAGAUGGUGAGAUGAAAGUAACUCUUUCAUCAGAUGGUGAGAUGAAAGUAACUCUUUCAUCAGAUGGUGAGAUGAAAGUACCUCUUUCAUCAGAUGGUGAGAUCAAAGUAACUCUUUCAUCAGAUGGUGAGAUGAAAGCAACUCUUUCAUCAGAUGGUGAGAUGAAAGUACCUCUUUCAUCAGAUGGUGAUAUGAAAGUAAUUCUUUCAUCAGAUGGUGAGAUGAAAGUACCUCUUUCAUCAGAUGGUGAGAUGAAAGCAACUCUUUCAUCAGAUGGUGAGAUGAAAGCAACUCUUUCUUCGGAUGGUGAGAUGAAAGUAACUCUUUCAUCAGAUGGUGAGAUGAAAGCAACUCUUUCAUCAGAUGGUGAGAUGAAAGUAACUCUUUCAUCACAUGGUGAGAUGAAAGUACCUCUUUCAUCAGAUGGUGAGAUGAAAGCAACUCUUUCAUCAGAUGGUGAGAUGAAAGUACCUCUUUCAUCAGAUGGUGAUAUGGAAGUAAUUCUUUCAUCAGAUGGUGAGAUGAAAGUACCUCUUUCAUCAGAUGGUGAGAUGAAAGCAACUCUUUCAUCAGAUGGUGAGAUGAAAGUACCUCUUUCAUCAGAUGGUGAUAUGAAAGUAAUUCUUUCAUCAGAUGGUGAGACGAAAGUACCUCUUUCAUCAGAUGGUGAGAUGAAAGCAACUCUUUCAUCAGAUGGUGAGAUGAAAGCAACUCUUUCUUCAGAUGGUGAGAUGAAAGUAACUCUUUCAUCAGAUGGUGAGAUGAAAGUACCUCUUUCAUCAGAUGGUGAGAUGAAAGUACCUCUUUCAUCAAAUGGUGAGAUGAAAGUACCUCUUUCAUCAGAUGGUGAGAUGAAAGUACCUCUUUUAUCAGAUGGUGAGAUCAAAGUAACUCUUUCAUCAGAUGGUGAGAUGAAAGUAACUCUUUCAUCAGAUGGUGAGAUGAAAGUAACUCUUUCAUCAGAUGGUGAGAUCAAAGUAACUCUUUCCAUCACCCCACCGCAUUCUCCAGCUUUCCAUCACUUCGCCCCAUUCUCUCGAUUUCCAUCACCCCGCCCCAUUCUCCCGCUUUCCAUCACCCCGCCCCAUUCUCCCUCUAUCCAUCACCCCGCCCAAUUCUCCCACUUUGCAUCACCCCGUCCCAUUCUCCUGUUUUCCAUCACCCCGCCCCAUUCUCUCGCUUUCUAUCACCCCGCCUUAUUCUCCCGCUUUCCAUCACCCCGCACCAUUCUCCCGCUUUCCAUCACCCCGCCCCAUUCUCACUAUCUCCAUCACCCCUCCCCAUUCUCCCUCUUUCCAUCACCCCGCCCCAUUCUCAUGCUUUCUAUCACCCCUCCCCAUUCUCCCUCUUUCCAUCACCCCGCCCCAUUCUCCCGCCUUCCAUCACCCCUCCCCAUUCUCCCUCUUUCCAUCACCCCGCCCCACUCUCCCGCUUUCCAUCACCCCGCCCCAAUCUCCCGCUUUCCAUCACCCUGCCCCAAUCUUCCGCUUUCCAUCACCCCGCCCCAUUCUCCCUCUUUCCAUCACCCCGCCCCAUUCUCCCGCUUUCCAUCACCCCGCCCCAUUCUCCCGUUUUCCAUCACCCCGCCCCAUUCUCCCGCUUUCCAUCACCCCGCCCCAUUCGCCCGCUUUCCAUCACCCGGCCCCAUUCUCCCACUUUCCAUCACCCGGCACCAUUCUCCCGCUUUCCAUCACCCCGCCCCAUUCUCACUAUCUCCAUCACCCCUCCCCAUUCUCCCUCUUUCCAUCACCCCGCCCCAUUCUCAUGCUUUCUAUCACCCCUCCCCAUUCUCCCUCUUUCCAUCACCCCGCCCCAUUCUCCCGCCUUCCAUCACCCCUCCCCAUUCUCCCUCUUUCCAUCACCCCGCCCCAUUUUCCCGCUUUCCAUCACCCCGCCCCAAUCUCCCGCUUUCCAUCACCCUGCCCCAAUCUUCCGCUUUCCAUCACCCCGCCCCAUUCUCCCUCUUUCCAUCACCCCGCCCCAUUCUCCCGCUUUCCAUCACCCCGCCCCAUUCUCCCGUUUUCCAUCACCCCGCCCCAUUCUCCCGCUUUCCAUCACCCCGCCCCAUUCUCCCGCUUUCCAUCACCCUGCCCCAUUCUCCCGCUUUCCAUCAGCCCGCCCCACUUCUCCCGCUUUCCAUCAACCCGCCCCUUUCUCCCGCUUUCCAUCUCCCCGCCCCAUUCUCCCGCUUUCCAUCACCCAGCCCCAUUCUCCUGCUUUCCAUCACCCCGCCCCAUUUUCCCGCUUUCCAUCUCCCUGCCCUAUUCUCCCGCUUUCCAUCACCCUGCCCCAAUCUUCCGCUUUCCAUCACCCCGCCCCAUUCUCCCGCUUUCCAUCACCCCGCCCCAUUCUCCCGCUUUCUAUCACCCCGCCCCGUUCUCCCGCUUUCCAUCACCCCGCCCCAUUCUCCCUCCUUCCAUCACCCCGCCCCAUUCUCCCGCUUUCCAUCAUCCCGCCCCAUUCUCCCUCCUUCCAUCACCCCGCCCCAUUCUCCCUCCUUCCAUCACCCCGCCCCAUUCUCCCGCUUUCCAUCACCCCGCCCCCUUCUCCCGCUUUCCAUCACCCCGCCCCAUUUUCCCGCUUUCCAUCAUCCUGCCCUGAUCUCCCGCUUUCCAUCACCCUGCCCCAAUCUUCCGCUUUCCAUCACCCCGCCCCAUUCUCCCUCCUUCCAUCACCCCGCCCCAUUAUCCCACUUUCCAUCACCCCGCCCCAUUCUUCCGCUUCCCAUCACCCCGCCCCAUUCUCCCGCUUUCCAUCACCCCGCCCCAUUCUCCCGCUUUCCAUCACCCCGCCCCAUUCUCCCUCCUUCCAUCACCCCGCCUCAUUCUCCCGCUUUCCAUCACCCCGCCCCAUUCUCCCGCUUUCCAUAA